CCCCGGAAACUGCGGCGCCGGCCCGCGGACAGGGUUCCACCGGUGGGAGCGUCCAGAGCCUGCUCGUCGUGUGUGAGAACGGCCGAUGUGAAGGACGCGUGUGCGCAGUGUGGUCGGCUCGUCUGCCAGAGCUGCAGCAGGCUCUGCAGCUGCUGUAACACGGUUACCUGCUCUUUGUGCUCCACUGUUGAUUGUGGUGAUGUGGGAGAACAAGUUCUCUGCAAUGGUUGUUCAGUAUUUCAAGUCUGAAACGUCCAUGAAUUUCAUGAAGCCUUCUCCUUACAGCUGAUCAACUAAUCCUUUUAGCAUGUGAAUUAGUUAUGGAAUUUCUAUGUUUUAUAUCUUUAUAUUGUAC